AUGUCUCCGCGGGACUCCAGCUCCUCCAGUGGAACACACCGGUUCACAUUUGUGACGGGGAACAUCCAUUCGGAAGCUCGGAGCCAUGCUAUGAAGGAACACUGGAAACGGCGACAUCUGCGCAAUCAAGAGGCGAAAGCAUAUUACCAAAGAAGGACAUCGCGAACUUUGUCUCUCCGUUCGAAGAGCCGUUUUAAUGAGUAUGUUUCGCCAUCAGAAGGUGCGAGUAGCUCUUCAGGCUUGCCAGAGUUUGGGGACAUGGGCAUGAUCAGGAAUCGAGAGAAAUAUCCCGGCAUUCCCGCCCAGCUGUUGUCUGGUAUGAGUAGUGCGCUGUCGAGCUCGAGGCCGGACCCGUUCCAGACGUGUCCUAUUCACUUGACAAGCCAGCACCAGAAACUGUUGCAUCACUGGAUUGGAACCCAUGCGGCUAUGAUGUUUGAAGACCUGGAUGUCACCGCGUUUAAUCCGAUGAAGGAUGUAUGGUUCCCGCUGGACCUUUCGAAUGCUUCGUCUUUCAAUUGCAUCAUGGCACAUUCAGCUGCGCACUUGUAUCAUCUAUACGCUGGCACUCCCGCGCGACGAGGGUCGACGUCUUCUGAUGCCUUGAAAUAUAAGAUCGAGGCUGUCAGGAUACUACGCCUUUGGCUUGGUGAUCCAGAGAAGGAGCUAAGUGAUGACUCUUUUGCGGCUGUUGUUCGUCUGCUCACGUUUGAGCGGUACUGGGGUACGGUGGAAGAUUGGAAAAUCCACCGUGAUGGCUUACAAAGAAUGAUCGACGCCAAAGGUGGGGUUGAAGCGCUCCACGAGAACUGGCGCUUGGAACUUGUGGUUUACCUUGUCUCGUUAAUGUCGCGACCGUCAUGGCUCGAGUCCACGAACAACCUCGAACGAAUCUCUCGUCCUCUUUUCUCACCCUGCGCUAUGCAAAAAACCCCAUCUUGCGAUGUUCAAAAGGUCCGCUGCCUUUGGUUGAUAUCAUUCAUUCAAGACAUGAGAACGUUCAUGGGAUCAUUUUACACUAGAGGGCUCUCUGCGUAUCCCUUCACUCAUGCUGCAGUCGGACUGUUGCGUCAUAAUUUUCAGCUCUCUAUUGGGUCUUCUGGCAAUGAUUCUCACACUAUGAAAUGGGAAGACGAAAUGCUGGGGUGUUUAUUUUCCAUCAGUGUCCUAACACAGGAGUCAAUUUCCGUCCUGUCCGAUGGAGAUUCAACAACAUCCACUGGAUCGAACACACUUCAUGGAUUGGAGAUAUUUUUAAGGAAUUCUCGACAUAUGUGGGGGCAUUCAGUCCACAACUUGCGCUCUAUCUUAUAUGACAGCCUGACAAGGCUCUUUGAGGAAGGGCAAUCCAAGGUGAAUUACGUUGUGGACUUAGUGCAGGUUCUUGGUACAUUGAGUUUGGAAGCGCGCCAGGGAGUCGAGAAAUGUCUUCUUAAUUUGCUUUACUACCUCGGUAAUAACGAUAACAACGCUCUACUAGUUGAUGAAGGAUGGUCGCCGGAUUCGCUUUUGUCGUCAAUGCACGGACAUUAG